AUGACCAAGCGACCAAAUUCAUCUCCCGGUGGCCACGGGGCAAAGCGGCAGCAGAUUGGGGAUCCCAGAAGGACCGGCGAUUCCGUCAACAGCAGCGAAGCAACAAGCGAGGCGUUCGCAGCACUUGCAGAACAGGCAGACGAGCUGGUUGAAUGCCUCCAAAUCUUGAAGCAGCAGCUUUCACAGAGCAAGAACCCUGCAGAGCUCCAAGUUGGAAGCGUCAAAUCACGGCUGUCCAGAUUAUCCAAGCAGCUGCUUCCCUCGUUUGAGAUUAUCGGGUCUCUGAAUGAGCCUGACGUUGAGAUGGCGCAGCCCACGGUUGCUGAUGCGACGCCAACGCAGGUCCCAGAAGCCACGCAAAACACUUCUAACAUACUUUUACUGUCAAAUAUCAAAGUGACGCCGUGGACGUCUUCGGAAAUUCGGCAAGAGUGGCCUCCUCUGCCUCCAAUUCUUGACCCCAAACUGGCUGAGGAGGUAUUCACACAUCCAGGACUUGGACUCAAGUACAACUAUGAGCGCUUGGAAUGGUUAGGCGACGCAUAUAUCGAGCUAAUAGCGAGCUCUCUGAUUCACCAAACAUUCACGCAGCUGCGGUCUGGAACUUGCGCGCAGCUCCGCGAGAGAUGUGUGCGCAAUAUCACCCUCGCCGAGUUCUUUCGGCACUACGAUAUGUCUAGGUGGGCAAAGCUUCCGGGCUCUUUUCGCGAUCACAUGUCACUGGGACGGGGACGCUCCAAGGAUAAAGAUUUGCUGAAGACGCAAGCCGACAUGUUCGAAGCCUAUGUCGCAGCCAUAAUUCUCUCGGAUCCCGAACGAGGGCUCAUCACCGUGGUAGGAUGGCUCAGAGCUCUCUGGGGCAGGACGCUCAGGGAAGACAUUUACAAGGCAGAGGCGGCGAAGAGGCAGUCAGAAAGUCAACCAGCACAGUCAGAAACAGUAGACUCAAGCGCCAAACAGCGGCUGAGCGUCAAGAUCGUGACCAAGGGCGUUACCAUCGAGUACAAAGAUCUACCUGGCGAGAAAAGGGACAAGAAUCUGGGACUGCCCCUGUUUACCGUUGGAGCAUAUCUGACCGGCUACGGCGAGGUUGGAAGAUUGUUGGCAGUCGGCACGGCUUUGAGCAAGAAGGACGCUGGCAAUAAGGCAGCCGAGGCGGCGUUGCAGAACAAGCGGCUGAUACAGGCAUACGAGGAGAAGAAGAAGCAGUAUAUGCAAGCCAGAGACAAUAAUUCCGUUUUGGACAGGCUUUUAUAA